AUGACGUCUACAAUCUCCUCCACUGCGAGCACUACAGUUGCAUCCGCGACAGCAACUUGCACGACAGCCGUACCAGAUAAAAACGGAUAUGUCGACCCAUCAGCUUGCAAUGCACUUUACGAAUAUUACCCAUCAUUUGGUGCCGCUGUCCUGUUCUCGUUCUUAUUCAGUACAGUCACGGCCCUUCACAUAUUCCAAGCUGCAAAAUUCCACAAGAAAUUCUGUUGGGUGAUAAUAAUGGGCUGUAUUUGGGAGGCAGCGUCUUUCAUCCUGCGCACAAUCUCAACAAAGCACCAACAAAAUACCAAUUUAUACACUUACUCCUUUCUUCUGGUCCUACUUGCCCCUCUUCUAAUCAACGCAUUCGACUACAUGAUUCUCGGCCGCAUGGUCCACUUCUUCCUCCCCUCCAAAUCCCUCCUCCACAUCCCCGGCUCCCGCUUCUCCCGAUACUUCGUCUGGCUCGACAUCAUCGCCUUCUUGGUUCAGCUUGGCGGUGGCAUGAUCGUCUCUGGAACGAACGUCAAGCCCUCCACCUUCCAUCUCGGAAUCCAUAUCUACAUGGGUGGAAUCGGACUCCAGCAAUUUUUCAUCUGUGUAUUUACCGGGUUGGCAAUCAUGUUCCACAGAGAGAUGUUGAAGCUGGAACGAAGCGGACAGUUUGUGGAGAAAGGGUGGAAGAGAUUGUUGUUUACACUUUAUGGGAGUUUGGCAUUGAUUACUCUCCGUAUCAUAUACCGCCUGGUAGAGUACGCUCGAGGCGAAGACCCAAGUAAUCCUCUCCCAUACCACGAAGCUUUCUUCUACUGUCUCGAUGCAACACCAAUGUUCAUCGCAGUGACAAUAAUGUGUAUCACGCAUCCAGGCACAAUUUUAAAGGGAGAAAACGCAGAGUUCCCAAAGAUGAGCAGAAAAGAAAAGAAAGCUGAGAAGCAGAGGAAGAAGCAAAUGAAAGCGGUUGCCAAGCUUCUGGAUCCCGAGGGUGGAUUGAUGGAUGGUGCACAUGAGAUGGAGAGGCCGACUACGCCGACUCCGGGAGCUGGAUAUGGAGAGGUUGCUGGGGCUGAGAGAUAUGAGCCUUAUUGUGGGUAUGGUGCGCAGGAGGAGGGGUAUGGGAUGGGUCCUAUGCCGCCUCGGUCUUUGGCAUAG